AUGUCUAGAUACUCAUUAGAUAUCGUACAACAGCCCAUACGUUCCAGAUUGUGUGGCUUCGGCGAGAAGGAUAGAAGACCGAUAGAUCCACCACCUGUAGUGAAAGCUAGAGCAUAUGAAACACACAGUGAUGGCUCAGAGACUGAGUUACCUGAAAAGGAUAUUAUACCACACCAUCUAUUAGUACAAGUGGAAAUCUUCGACUCCCGGGGUCUGGAAUCCUGCGCUUAUGUAUAUAAUUCAACAACAGCCACGCAGGCAGCAAACACGACACAGGCGUCAUUGACGAGUGACAAACCAAUCAGGAAUCUUCUUGGAAGCCUCACAGCGGAGGGCACACGUUUGAGAGAUAUGGAGAACAAUCAGGGAAUAUUCUUUUGUUUUCAGGAUUUGUCCGUCAGGGUAGAAGGAGUCUUUACGUUACGAUUCAGUUUAGUAGACAUUGAAGCGCUAAUAUCUGGGAAGAACAACCAGAGUAUUGUGACACAAGAAACAUCGGACGCAUUUCAAGUAUAUUCUCCUAAAAAAUUCCCAGGGAUGACAUCCAGCACGGCACUGUCAAAGUGUUUCGCUAGUCAAGGGAUCAAGAUAUCGAUACGAAAGGACGAACCAAACCCUGGAUUUGGCGGCAGGGCUAGUAGCGGGAAUUAG